GAUGAAUUUUUUGCUUUAUCCCUACAAUUUUUAACUAGAAUAACCUAUUCCAUUUCAAACAAAUGAUUUUUCAGCUAAGGCAAAAGAAAUUAUAGAUUAUGUGAUUUCAUGUUUAGGGAAUCCAAAUUUGUAAGUUGGAUAUUAAUUAAAUGGAUAAUCAGCUUUAUUAGAACCUGACUUUGAUCUUAAACAAUUAUUUGAUGCUAAUGCAUAAUUAUUUAUAGUUUUUAAUGAUUAAGGUGUACAAUAAGGGGGACAAUAAGAUGCACAAUAAGGUGUACCAUAAGAUGCACUAUAAGGUGUACAAUAAGGUGUACCAAUAUCAGUUUAUAAACUUGAAGGCAUUUAACCAACAGGAUUUUUGUAAGACUGUGUAGAUACAAACUUACAAUUAGGAUAGGUAUUUAUAGUAAUAUAAAAAAGUAUUUCAACUAAUUGAUACAAUAAUAAAAUUUAAUAGCUGAUUCUUUUGUAUUAUAUGAUCUUAAUUGGACAGCAUUGACUGAUGACCAAAACUUAUUUUUUGGUCAUUUUGGGAAUUAACCCGGUUUGAAUAUGGUGCUUAUUAAUAAUUAGUUACCUCAACCAGCUUAAAGCAACAAUAUGCCAUAAAACGAUAUAAAUAAUUAAGGAAUGAUUCCCUAAGUAAUGAAUCAAAUAAAUCCAGUCUAAAAUCAAAAUGAUGUAAUAAAUCAAUAAUACAUGCCAUAAUAUGACUAAUACUAAUAGGGACCAAUAAAAUAAUAAUUUGGAUUAUAAAAUACAGAUUAAUAACUCUUAAAUAGUUAGAAUUAUUAUAACGAAAAUAAUGAAAAACAACAAUAUGAUUCACAAAAUUAAAGUAUUUUAAGUUAGCCAUAGCCAUUGCCAAUGCAAUAAUUACAGCCAUAGCAAUUCCAAUAAUAAAUUAUAAAUUCAUAAGUUGUAAUUCCUAUUGAUUAACAGUAAAUAUAUAUUCAAAUAAACUUUAGAAUAUAAUAAAUCAAGGAUUCUAUUGUAAUGUUAAAGAAUAUUACACUUUACUUUGAUCCUUAAGGAGAAUUUAUAACAUACAAAUAUCAUUAACCAAUAUUAAUGAGUGGUAGUAUAAGAAAAACUUAGAGUUCAGAACAUAAAAAAUUCUUGAAUUCAAAAUAUACAUGGUCCAGUAUUCAUUAAAAUAAAUUUGAAUAUACAUAAAUUGAUGAAUAUAGCUUUGGUAUCAAAUGGGAAGGUGGUAAAUCAAGUUGUAUAACUAUUAAAUAAUAAUGAU